AUGAAAGUCGUUGCAUUCUCCGCAGGGUCCACAGGCGGGAACACGGAAUUGACGCUGCUCACAGCACUGCGAGAGGUGCAGAUAGCCUCACCCUCUGCGUCAAUCACGCCAAUUCGACUCAACGAGGUCAGUAUUGGCAACUCAACAAUCGCGGGGCAGAUUCCACAUCCAUUUGUCAAUUCCGGGUCUCAAGCAGGCACUCAAACGGACUUGGAAAAUACAGCCGACGACCGACCGUUCAUGCUGGAGCAUAUCUUAGAGGCCGAUGCAAUUUUGCUCGGGGCUCCUGUAUAUUCCCGUGUUGUGACAUGGCUGGUCAAAUGGUUUCAAGAUCGAACCUUGGGGCCUGCUCAGGAUAUCGACCUUGCGAACACCCGCAAACAACUGGUUUCGUAA